AUAUAGAGAGGAGCGGGCGGCGGCGCGGGCGUUGUGCGGGGCCGCCAUGUUCGCGCUGCAGCGGAACGCGGUCAUCGGCCUGCACCUCUACUGCGGGGGCAGCCCGGCCCCGCCGCCGCCGCCCUCGGCGGGGGCCUGGCCCGCGGGCUGCUCCGAGGCGCUGCUGGGCUGCGGCCCGGGCCCGGUGCCGGUCCCGCUGCGGAGCCCCGAGGAGGAGCUGGACGGCUUCGAGCCGGAGCCCGAGCGCGGCCCCGCGGCGGCCCCGCCGCUGCCCGGCGGCGCCCCGGACGCCCUGCGCCAGGCCUCGCUGGAGCUCAUCGGCCGCUACCUGCGGGAGGCGGCGGGCGAGGCCCAGCCCGGCCCCAAGAAGCUGUUCCCGGGGCUGCGGGCCGGGCCCGGGCGGCCCCGCGGCGCCGAUGCGGGGCUGGAGAAGGCGCUGGAGACGCUGCGGAGGCUCGGGGACAGCGUCCUGCGGAAGCACGAGCUCGCCUUCCAGGGGAUGCUUCGGAAGCUGGAAAUCCAGAAGGAGGAGGACCUGCAGGCGGUGCGGGACGUGGCCGCGCGCCUCUUCAGCGACGGGCUGACCAACUGGGGCCGCGUGGUGACGCUCAUCUCCUUCGGGGCCUUCGUCGCCCGGCACCUGAAGAGCAUCCAGCAGGAGAAGAGCAUCGGCUCCCUGGCAGGGAUCAUCACGGACGCGCUGCUCGCCUCCAGUCGCGAGUGGAUGCUGAGCCAGGGAGGUUGGGAGGGCUUCGUGGAGUUCUUCCACGUGGAGGACCUGGAAGGCAGCGUCAGGAACGUGCUGAUGGCGUUCGCAGGCAUGGCUGGACUGGGAGCGAGCUUGGCCUACAUGAUCCGGUGAGCCCGGGGCUGCUGCGGAGGGACCGGACGCGGGGUGGCCUGGCUCUGUGUGGGGUUGGUGAGCUCAGCACCGCCUCCUCUGAGGACUUCCGAAGCUGGACUUGAGUGACCCAAGGAGAGCAUCCCCUGAGCGAUGGGGUCAGGUCGUGGGUACCGCUGAGGAUUCACUGCUCGGGGGCCAGGAAGCGGAAGAGCUGGCGGCGCGCUGCUUGCCAAGAGGAUGCUGACACAGAGCUCGAGCGGACGCUUCACUCGCAUCCCAGAGGGACCCAUC